UGGAGGGAUUCCAGAAAGGACCUGCUGGCUGUGUGCUGACUGCGCCCCGCCCUUGCUCCCUGGAGAACGGGACCCAAACGGCGGCUCCGCACCCCAACAGCUCCCAGGGCGCUUGGAGGACAGCUUAGUAGCAUAGUACUUCCUGUUUUUCUUAGAGAAAAGUAAAAACGCAUUAAUUAACUCAAGCAAACACCGUAGUGUCAAAAGCUGCGGACUAGUCAGGAGUGCAAGAAAGUUUGGCCCCAGGAGGCCACCGUUGGGCGGUGCUAUUCCACACAAGAUAGUGCAAGACAGCCGUCCAGUGGAAGCCUGGCCAGCGGCGGACAGGGGCACCAAGGGAGAACCGCGGGCCGGCCUUGGUUCCGAGCGUGCUCCGAGCCGCGGCAUCCCGGGCGUGGGACGGAUACUGAGCCCCCGGCAUCCGCCGACCCGGAGCUUUACAGGCAGUCUCGCCCAGAUCUCGCGAGAGCGCAAGCGCACGUCUCGCGAUACGCGGGCUCGGGUGUAAAAGAGGGAGAUCUGAGCCGCGGCGGUGACGGCUGCAAGCUGACUGAGGCGGUGAGAAGGGAAGUAAUCAUGGAAGACCUGGGGGAGAAUACCACCGUCCUGUCCACCCUGAGGUCUUUGAACAAUUUCAUUUCUCAGCGAGUGGAGGGAGGAUCUGGACUGGAUGUUUCUGCCUCUGCCCAAGGCUCUCUGCAGAUGCAGUACCAACAGAGCAUGCAGUUGGAGGAGCGAGCCGAGCAGAUCCGGUCUAAGUCUCACCUCAUCCAGGUGGAGCGGGAGAAGAUGCAGAUGGAGCUCAGUCACAAGCGGGCUCGCGUGGAGCUGGAGCGAGCGGCCAGCGCCAGCGCCAGAAGUUACGAGCGCGAGAUGGACCGCAACCAGGAUCUCCUGGCGCGCAUUCGGCAGCUUCAGGAGCGGGAGGCGGAGGCGGAGGAGAAGAUGAAGCAGCAGCUGGAGCGCCACAGGUUGUGCCAGCAGAGCCUGGACGCGGCCGGCAGGAGGCUGCGGGAGAAGGAGGACAGCCUGGCCGAGGCCGGGGAGACCAUCACCGCGUUAAAGGGGAGGCUCUCGGACCUGCAGUGGAGCGUGAUGAACCAGGAGAUGCAGGUGAAACGCCUGGAGUCUGAGAAGCAGGAGCUGAAGGAGCAGCUGGACCUGCAGCACCAGAAAUGGCAGGAAGCUAACCAGAAGGUCCAGGAGCUCCAGGCCAGCCAAGAAGGGCUGGCAGACCAGGGGCAGAGGAUUAAGGAUUUGGAGCAAAAGCUAUCCCUGCAGGAGCAGGACGCUGCGAUCGUGAAGAACAUGAGGUCUGAGCUGGUGCGGCUGCCGACGAUGGAGAGGGAGCUGCGGCAGCUGCGGGAAGAGAACGCCUGCCUGCGGGAGACGCGGGACGCCAACGGGCUGCUGCGGAAGGAGCUGGAAGGGCUGCAGCGUAGGCUGGGGCAGCAGGAGAAGAUGCAGGAGACGCUGGUGGACCUCGAGCUGGAGAAGGAGAGGCUCUUGACGAAGCUGCAGAGCUGGGAGAGGCUGGACCAGGCCACCGGCUUGAGCAUCAGGACCCCAGAGGACCUGUCUAGGUUCAUCGUGGAGCUGCAGCAGCGCGAGCUCGCCCUCAAGGACAGGAACAGCUCCAUCACCAGCAGCGCUCGGGAGCUGGAGAAGGCCCGGCUGCAGCUCCAGGACGAGGUCCGCCAGCUCGGCAGCCAGCUGCUGGAGGAGAGGAAGCGGCGCGAGACGCACGAGGCCCUGGCGCGGCGGCUGCAGAAGCGCGUCCUGCUGCUGACGAAGGAGCGUGACGGCAUGCGGGCCAUCCUGGGCUCCUACGACAGCGAGCUGACCCCGGCCGAACACUCACCCCAGCUGACCCGCCGCAUGCGCGAGGCUGAGGACCUGGUGCAGAAGGUGCAUGCGCACAGCUCGGAGGUGGAGGCUCAGCUGUCACAGGCGCUGGAGGAGCUGGGAGGCCAGAAGCAAAGAGCCGACAUGCUGGAGAUGGAGCUGAAGAUACUGAAGUCGCAGGCGGGCCCAGCUGAGCAGAGCUUCCUGUUCUCCAGGGAGGAGGUGAGCUCGCUCAGGUUGAAGGUUGAGGAGCUGGAAGCGGAGCGGAGUCGCCUGGAGGAGGAGAAGAAGGCGCUGGAGGCGCAGCUGGAGCGGCUCACCCUGCAGGGUGACUACGACCAGAGCAAGACCAAGGUGCUGCACCUGAGCCUGAACCCAGCUGGCGCGGCACGGCAGCGACUCCGAGAGGGCCAGCAGCAGCUGCAGGAGGAGUGUGCGCGGCUGCAGGAGCUCGUCCGCGCCCUGGAGGCCGGCGGCCCCAUCCCUGCCCACCUGGAGGCCGCCGCGGGGCUGCCCUCGUCCCGGGAGGUGGCAGAGCUGAAGAAGCAGGUGGAGAGCGCGGAGCUGAAGAACCAGCGGCUGAAGGAGGUCUUCCAGACCAAGAUCCAAGAGUUCCGGAAAGUGUGCUACACGCUGACUGGCUACCAGGUGGACAUCACCACGGAGAACCAGUACCGGCUGACGUCCAUGUAUGCCGAGCAGAAGGCCGACUGCCUCAUCUUCAAGGCCGUGGGCCCCUCGGGCACCAAGAUGCAGCUGCUGGAGACGGCAUUCUCACGGACCGUGCCGGGGCUCAUCGAGCUGCACCUGCUGCAACAGGACAGCAUCCCCGCCUUCCUCAGCGCCCUGACCCUCGACCUCUUCAGCCGCCAGACGCUGGCCUAGCCCGGCCCCCAGCCUCGGAGCGGGGAGCCCCCAGUCUGUUCCUCGGGGUCCCGGGCCAGCCGGCCCCCCAGGGCCCAGCCCAGCUUCUGCCCCAACGGGUCCUCAAGCCUUGCAGCCUGGUGGGGACUCUGAGCAUCGCCCGCACCCCGCCCGGGCGCCCCGCCCGAGCUCAGGGCCCAGGGGCGCACCUCUGGUCGGGUCAGGGGGGUUCAGCAGCUCAGGGUGGCCCCCUCCCCGAGCCCUGAGCCCACGCCCGCUCUGCAGGGCAGGCCCACCUCCUCACCCCCCGUCCUGCAGGGCAGGUGUGGGGGGUGUUCUGUGGCCAGCUCCCUGCCCCUCCCCGCAGUGUCCACUCACUGCAGCUUGCUCUAGCCCGGCCGUGCUGGGACCAGGCAGGUGAGCCUGGGCGCCUGUGACGCCCCCAGCUCUUAUGAAAUAAAGGCCCCCUCAGCACCCCAGCCCCUCUCCGUGUGUGCAUCUGAACCCCAGGGCCCCUGCGCACCCCAGGCGUGGGGCAGACUGUCCUGCUGUCCCUGCCCUGGGGGCCAGCCUUUGACCACAGACCCACCCAGGCACUGCCCACGGCAGGUUCCCGGGUCACCGCCGGGGAGGCGGGCAGGGCAAGGCUGGGACUGGGCCCACCCACUCCCAGAGCACAGCCCCAGAGCCCUGGGCGGAGCAGCCUGCAUGUCACCACCAGGCGGGGCCGGCAGAGCCGGGGCCGCCCCAAACCCUGCUCUGCACUCAAGCCCGUCGUCACUGUCAGCUCCGGAGCUCAGACCUUGACUGUAUCACACCUUGACUUUUGGGACGCGGCCCGGCCCAGGGUCACCGCGAGGUCGGCCCAGGCCCUCCUGCUGGAACCCGGAGCCCCCGGCUCAUUGGGCUGCACUGCAACCUGGGGGUUGCUGUUCCCUCCUCCCAGAUGAGAAGACCGAGGCCUGGCGUGUGGAUUGGCUUCCCAGGCGCCCGGCUGCUCCGAACCGGACUCUGGUCCAGCUGGGCUGUGCCGCUCCCCUCCCCCCCCCCAUGCUCUGGGUGCCUCAUGCACGGCCGGGCGCCCAGCGCCAGCUCUCGGGGGGUGGGGGCCCAGCUUUGUGCCUGACACUCGUCACAGCGCUGGGGCGGAAGCAGCACUGCUGAGCCGGCGGGGGCGGGGGCCUUGCUUAGUGAGGCUGGCGGACAUCCAGUGGGUUUCCGCUCCCCACACCCCCAGCUCCCCGGGGCCCCGCACGCAUCAGCGCAGUCCCAGGUGCCCUCCUUGGCCCUGCGAGCCUCCUCAGGCAGGUGGGCCCCCUCCUGCCUCCCCUCAGGAGCCCCAAACUCUCGAUGGUGACUUCCUGCCGCUUCACGGGGGGCGAGGUCCUGCAGGCGGGUGUCCAGGGACCAGGCUCUGACUCUGCCCCGUCGCGAGCCCCCCAUCAUGGAGAGCCCCCUGGAGAGCUGGGCCUGGGCCCAGGCGUGGGGGAGGCUGAGGCCUGGACCCGACGUCCCUCCUGGGUGAAAUGGCUGACACCAGAUGCCGCCAAUGGUAGUAAAAUGCUCAGAUCAGAACCUGACACAAAAUCAUUAGCCCCUAAAAUGCCCUGAAAGGCCCUCGUGCGCACCAGCACACCCCCACCCGCAGAGGGCGCUCACUAGGGCCGGCUCCCCGGCGGGGCACGUACCAGGGCCCGGGGUCCGCUGGCCAGGGGCAGGGAGAGGGUCACACAGGCCAGACGGUCCCGAAAUGUGGGCCAGGGCUGAGGCACUGGGCCUCUGCCCGGGGGUCACCACGGGCCAAUGGGGGUGCGCAGGCCAGGUGGGCACCCCCAGGGUGGUGGUCUCGGUCACACGGCCAGAGCUAAGCUCCCGCAGUCUCCACAGAAAAGGUGCUGGAAGGUUGGGGGCAUGUGAGUCAGGCUGGGAGGCUGGGGUCACGCUCGUGCUGGGCCCUGAGUGCCAUGGGCUACGCGGCCCCCAGGCCAGGGGCCCGCUCAGCCCCAGCCUGCGCCUCGUGCCCUGUGUCGCCUGGAACCACCCAUCCCCGCCUGCUGUCACCUCCCGAGAGCCGGCCCCCGGGGGGGGCUUCUCCUGGUGGAGCCAGGACUGGCUGCAUCUCCGCAGGAGGACAGGGCGGGUGCCCGGCAGCUAAGCCUCCCCCAAGUCUAGCCUCACGUGAGCACCCGGCCCUGGUCUCCCCCCUGCCCCAGGCUCCCCACCUUGGUCCACAGUGAGAAGGUCCCUGAGGCCACUUCCAGGUGGGAAACCCACCCCAGGCCUGGACCAUCGACGCAGCGCCGGCUUGGGGCCAGCCCCAGGUUGACAAUGCUUGUGCUCAGUUAUGAGAUUUCUGUCCCUGAAGAGGCAGAAGGGGCUGGCCCCCGCCCAGGGAUGCGUCUGAGCAGGACGGGCACAGAGGCCUCUGCUCUCCUCCCGGUCACCUGGGUCACCGGCCACCGAGCUUGCCCGGCCCCUGCCCCGCCGCCUACUGGGGGCUCCGAGCGCACUCGCGUGGGGAGCCGGACCCCAGAAGGGUCUGGUUCUGGCAGACCCCCUCUGCCACCAGCUCGUCAGCGGGCACCGAUGCUAAGGGGUUGUUAAGCCGCUAAUGACUAAUUUUUAGGGAUUAGUGCUGCGGCGAUAAGCCGUAAUUGCCAGGAUGGAAUGGGGUUUGGUGAGCGCCAGGCUCCUUGCAGCGUCCCCCUGGGCUCCCAGGGAGGAGGGCGCCGCCUGCCGGGCCCCCGGGGACCCCCGGGACCCCGCCUCCCCCUGCAUCGGGCAGCUCGUCGGCAUACAGUGUGGUCUCUGCCAAGCUCUGGGAAUGAACACGACCCUGAUGUGGACCACCACCAGUGCAUCACCCAGGAGGCGGUUAGACACGCUGGGGCCUGCUGGGUCAGAAUCAGCACGUGACACAACCCCGUUCCAGCCCGGUAGGCGCUCCCCUCCCCGCCCUGAUGGGAACAUCCCAGCGUGCAAAGCUCCGUCCCGCCUGUGAGCUGACUCUCAUCCCACGGUGAUCCUGCAGGCUGGAUCUCAUCAGAGGAGGAGGCGGAGGUUCGGAAAGGGCCUGAGCCCGCCCCAGGCCCGGCCCUCCUGGCAGGGUCCGCUGCCCCCACGACCCCAGCUUCUGGGUCACACGUGGCCUGUUUCCCUCGUGGUUCGGUGUCGCCAGGAUGCCAGGGCCAAGUGAAGGGCCGGGCAUCUGUCCCCGGGCAGCCUCAGAGGGGUGACCCUGAAGUCCAGAGCAGGACAGGCAGGGGUGUGUGCACACGCCCACGUGCAGGACUGCGUGCGUGGACGCGUGUACAUGGGUGGCUGUGUCACGUGUCUGUACAUGCAUGUGCAUGUACCAGUGAGGACCGGUGGCUUUACCAAGCUGCUUAAACUCCUGCUUCGGGCCCAGAGAGGGGCAGGGCCUCACCCAAAGUCACACAGCACGAGGGGCCAAUGCCCUGGGGCCCAUCUCCUUGUGGCCUCCGUUUUCCUCCCAUUCUCUGUAUCCUCAGCUGCACGACGCUGACGUACUUUCAGCGCAUAAAGAAACGCCCCGGCAGCAGAAAGGUCGAGUGUGAGGAAGCCCCCCCGGCCCCGCCCAGCUCGUCCACCUGGGGGGGCUGCACACACCUGACGCGCAGUGCGGCGUUCAGUCUCACUGGGCUUCUCCGUGUUUUUAGAAUAACUGGGUUGUUCUGCAGCUUGGAUUUUUUUUUUCUCACUUAACAAUUGUCUUGGAAAUUUUCCAUAAAAGCAUCUACUGAUGUACUUCACUGGAUUUUUUUUGUUGUUAUUUCCAAAACACUUAAGGAGUUUUAUUGAAAGCAAUAACCUACAGAAACACCAGAUUCUCAUUUUAAAGUGAAAUCGACAGCAUCUCUCAGAACUUCCACACUUCCGAGCCAUGUUGGUCAUUUAAAAACAAGCAAGUGCCAAAACAAACAAAAACUAAUUUCCAGGUCCAAAUUAACAACUCUUGCCUGUAGUCCUUUUUCUUGUGGUUCCAGUCCCCACCCUGUUCAUGGCCCCAGAUUUUCCAGAGUGAGCAGAAGGUUUGGGGUUUUCCCCAACUGGUUAAUAUUUCUGAGAACUGGACCCCGUGGCAAGCCUCAGACAUGCCAGCCUUGGUCUCCCCUUCCCCGGCAUCCCCCCAGCAGGGGUUUCUUCCCAGAAUCUCACCGCCUCGUCCUCCCUUGUGGAUGGAGCUGUCCCCCAGAUUUAUCUGUUGAGUUCCUACCUCUGUACCUCACAGCGUGACUGUCUGGAGACAGCCUUUCAAGAGGUGACUGAGUUAAAACGAGGGUCUAGGCUGGGCCCUCGCCCCGUAGGACUGGUGUCCUUGUAAGGGGAGACCAGGACACGGAGGCAGCAGGGACGGCCACGUGAGGAUGCAGGGAGAAGCCGGCCAUCUGCACGCUGAGGAGAGGCGUCUGCAGGAACCAGCCCUGCCCACACCUGCCUCUCAGAUGCCCAGCCACAGGAC